UAUGCAUGGAUAUCACCUGAAUCUUCUUACAAGAGCUUAAAUUGUGUGUAAACUUACCCUAACCAUGAGCGGCUCCAAACCUGAUAUUCUGUGGGCCCCGCACCACGUUGACAGAUUUGUUGUAUGUGAUUCGGAAUUGAGCCUUUAUCACAUUGACUCUGCUGUAAGUUCAGAACUCAAGGCAGGAUCCUUGCGGUUAUCAGAAGAAACUACGGCUACGCUAUUGUCAAUAAAUUCAGAUACACCAUAUAUGAAAUGUGUGGCUUGGUAUCCAAAGUAUGAUCCCGAAUGUCUCCUUGCUGUUGGACAGGCCAAUGGUCGAGUGGUACUUACUAGCCUCGGUCAAGAUCACAACUCAAAAUCUAAAGAUUUGAUAGGCAAAGAGUUUGUUCCCAAACAUGCACGGCAAUGCAAUACCCUUGCGUGGAACCCACUGGAUAGUAACUGGCUUGCUGCCGGGUUAGAUAAACAUCGGGCUGACUUUUCAGUAUUGAUCUGGGAUAUCAGUAGCAAAUACGCCCCAGAGACUGCAGUUGCUACAGAGAAAGUAAGACUUUCGAUAGUAACAAAGCCACUGUAUGAAUUGGGACAGAAUGAUGCUUGUCUCUCUCUCUGUUGGCUUCCACGGGAUCAGAAGCUGCUUUUAGCUGGAAUGCAUCGAAAUCUGGCUAUCUUUGAUCUGAGGAACACAAGCCAAAAAAUAUUUGUGAACACCAAGGCUGUCCAAGGAGUGACUGUCGAUCCCUAUUUCCACGAUCGGGUGGCUUCCUUCUAUGAAGGACAGGUUGCCAUAUGGGAUUUAAGAAAGUUUGAAAAGCCUGUUUUGACCUUGACAGAGCAACCAAAACCCUUAACAAAAGUUGCAUGGUGUCCAACAAGAACUGGACUGUUAGCUACUUUAACAAGGGAUAGUAAUAUCAUUAGACUGUAUGACAUGCAACAUACUCCCACCCCUAUCGGAGAUGAAACUGAGCCAACGAUAAUUGAAAGAAGUGUCCAACCAUGUGAAAACUACAUUGCUUCAUUUGCCUGGCAUCCCACAAGUCAAAAUCGAAUGGUGGUAGUGACUCCCAACAGAACUAUGUCUGACUUCACAGUUUUUGAAAGAAUUUCUCUUGCAUGGAGUCCAGUGACAUCCUUAAUGUGGGCUUGUGGACGACAUUUAUAUGAGUGUACAGAAGAGGGAAAGGCUAGUUCCUUGGAAAAAGACAUAGCAACCAAAAUGCGGCUCAGAGCUCUGUCAAGGUAUGGUCUUGAUACUGAACAAGUUUGGAGAAAUCACCUCCUAGCUGGAAAUGAAGAUCCUCAGCUGAAAUCGCUUUGGUACACUCUGCAUUUUAUGAAGCAGUAUACUGAAGAUAUGGAUCAAAAACUUACAGGAAACAAAGGUCCCUUAGUUUAUGCUGGCAUUAAAUCAAUUGUGAAGUCAUCUUUGGGAACAACAGAGAACCUCAGGCACAGCAGGAGUGGAUCUGACAGACAGGCAGAUAUUAUUCAAUAUCUGAGUGAGGAGAGAUCCUUGGCUUUGCAGCUCUGUGGGUGGAUAAAGAAGGGAACAGACUUAGAUGUGGAACCUUUUUUAAAUUCAUUGGAACAGGAAGGAGACUGGGAGCGAGCUGCUGCUGUAGCACUUUUCAACUUGGACAUCCGUCGAGCAAUACAAAUUCUAAAUAAAGGGGCUUCCUCGGGAAAAGGUGAUCUGAACCUUAAUGUAGUAGCAAUGGCUCUGUCAGGCUACACAGAUGAGAAGAACUCACUUUGGAGAGAAAUGUGCAGUACUCUAAGACUGCAAUUGAACAAUCCCUACUUGUGUGCUAUGUUUGCUUUCCUGACAAGUGAGUCUGGUUCAUAUGAUGGCGUUUUG